AAAUUCACAGUUCCAAUUUGUAGGCUUGAACCAAAAUUACUCUCUUUCUCUUUUCGUGUAUAUAGUUAUGUGUAUCUAUAUUCAAAACUGCACACGAAUUGUCAGAAUAUCUCUGUGUGUAUAUUGCGUAGGGUUGUUGUGGUGGUCAACCAACAAUCUUUUAAAAAAAUGGUAUUUUGAAGUCAAUCUCCUCAACUUUGUAUUAAAAUCGUACAAAUCUUCAAUGGGCGGCCACAAAUAUUUUUUUUUUUAAACCAUUAAAAAAUUUAAAUAUCUCUCCGUUCUUGAAUGUCUAGAAAUUUAUCAAUUUCUGAAAUGGCCCCAAAUUUCAGAAGUUACAGUAAUCUCUUCAUUUGGUGUUUCUUGAUCAAUUUUCACGUAGUUUCUGUAUUUAUUUCUGCUGAAAAUCGAAUUACAACAGGUCAGUCGGUAAGAGAUGGAGAAGAAAUUAUAUCAAAAGAAGAGAGAUUUGUAUUGGGAUUCUUUAGUCCUGUGGGUUCUGAUUUUAGGUAUGUUGGAAUCUGGUACAAUAAAGUUGAAAAUCAAUCUGUGGUGUGGGUUGCAAAUAGAGAAAAUCCCAUCAGUGGCAACGGUGGAGAUUUAAGAAUUGGGAAUGAUGGAAAUUUGAUCAUUUCGAAUGAGAAUGGUGAUAUGAUUUGGUCUACCAAUGCCACAGUUGCAUCAGAUAAUUCCACUGCUGUUUUAAUGGAUACCGGCAAUCUUGUUCUGUUUGGGAGUGGUGAUCCAAACAAGGCUUCAUGGAAGAGUUUCGAUCAUUCAACGGAUACAUUUUUACCCAGUAUGCGAGUUUACAUGAAUGUCAGUGAAGUAGAGAGGCACGUUUUCACUUCGUGGAGAAGUGCUAGUGAUCCGAGAGCUGGAAAGUACUCGUUAGGCAUUGAUCCUCGUGGAUCGCCUCAGAUUGUGAUAUGGGAAGGGAGGAGUCGGAAAUGGAGAAGUGGGAAUUGGAAUGGACUAAUAUUUGUUGGUGUUCCUGGGAUGAGGGCUAUAUAUUUGUAUGGAUUUAAGCUAAACACUGAGGGUGAUGGAAGGUUGUACUUUACCUAUACUCCCUCAAAUAGUACUGAUUUGAUCAGGUUUUGGAUUAGAUGGGAUGGAACCGAAAGGCAAGAAAGAUGGAACGCAGGGCUCGAUAAAUGGGAUUUGAUACAAUCACACCCUGUCGAUGAAGAAUGUGAUCAGUACAACAAAUGUGGACCUUUUGGAAAAUGUGAUAUGAAGAAUAGGCCAGCUUGUAGUUGUAUUCAAGGGUUUGUACCCCAAAAUUUGGAUCAAUGGAGUAGAGGGAAUUGGUCAGGUGGAUGCACAAGGAGGAAAAAGUUGGAGUGUUUAUCUGAGGUCAAAAGGGAUGGUUUUUUCAAGGCCGAACGAGUGAAAUUGCCCGAUUUUGUGGAUUAUGUGGGAUCAGAAGAUGUUAAGCAGUGUGAAAAUAAGUGUUUGGAGAAUUGUUCUUGCACUGCAUAUGCUUUUGUUAGUGGCAUAAACUGCAUGAUAUGGAGUCGGGAAUUGGUUGACAUUGAACAAUUUGCAGAAGGUGGAAGCACUCUGUUCGUUCGUCUUGACCGUUCUGAAUUAGGUGGCAAAAGUAAGGUGACGAAAAUUGUUAUUGUAGCAGUUGUUUUGGUUGGGAUCAUCUGUCUAAGUGCUUCGAUCUGGCUAUGCAUGCGCAAAUUGAAAUUUGGAGAUCGUUUAAACCAGACGAAAAAUGAAAUGCCUAAAGUCAGUCCAAGUGGGGAAUUUUCCAGCGAAUUUUCAGGACCUGUUGACCUUAGUGUUGAAGGGCAGCCAGGAACUAGUGCUGAAUUAGCGUUGUUCAACUUCUCGUGUCUGGCAGCGGCUACAAACAACUUCUCGGAUGAGAAUAAACUCGGACAAGGAGGAUUUGGACAUGUUUACAAGGGUACGCUGCCGGGGAAUCAAGAAAUCGCUGUAAAGAGGCUCUCCAUAAAAUCUAGUCAAGGUUUAGAGGAAUUCAAGAAUGAAAUUACACUAAUGGCUAAACUACAACACAGAAAUCUUGUUAGACUUUUGGGCUGCUGCAUCCAAGUAGAAGAAAAAAUGAUAAUUUACGAGUACAUGCCUAACAAAAGCUUGGAUUCAUUUCUUUUUGAUCCUGCUAAGAAAGCCCAGAUUGACUGGAGGAAACGCUUUGCCAUUAUUGAAGGUAUUGCAAGAGGGAUUCUGUAUCUGCAUCGAGAUUCAAGACUUCGAAUAAUACAUAGGGAUCUAAAAGCUAGCAACAUUUUAUUGGAUGAAGAAAUGAACCCAAAGAUUUCGGAUUUUGGCAUGGCCAGAAUUUUCGGAGGGAACCAAAAUGAAGCGAAUACAAACAGGGUUGUGGGCACAUAUGGUUACAUGGCGCCUGAAUAUGCAAUGGAAGGCCUCUUUUCUGUGAAGUCGGAUGUUUACAGCUUCGGGGUAUUGCUAUUAGAGAUAGUAUCUGGCCGAAGGAACACUAGCUUUCGCUCAUCUGAUCACUCGAACAUUAUUGAAUAUGCAUGGGAUCUUUGGGAUGGUGGCCGAGCAAUUGAGCUAGUUGAUCCUUCCCUCAUAAACUUUUGUAGCCAAAAAGAAGUGCUUCGAUGCAUACACGUAGGGAUGCUGUGUAUUCAAGACAUGGCGAAUCACAGACCAAACAUGCCGGCCGUUGUAUUGAUGUUGGAGAGUGAGAAUGCAACUUUGCCUCUGCCAAGACAACCUACUUUUACUUCAAUGAGACAUUCUGGGAUUAAGAAUGCAGAUAUGUGGAAUGGAAAUCAUGAUGUUGUAUCUUCGAACAAUGUAACUAUUAGUGUCAUUCUUGGUAGAUAAAUUGUUUAUAUUUUUCUUAUUUUUUUCCUUUUAUUUUAUGUUGAUACGAGUUUACCAACUUUUUCGGUUGGUUUUUACGUUUGAGGGUUUCAAUAAUUUGAUUAGUUUAGAUUUUUUUGGAUGAA